AUGCAACAAAUUAGAAAACCAACAAAAUAUUCCACGUAUGUUCAACACGUUGUUCUUAUCACAAAAUGUUUCUACGACAACCAUGGAGCUGACAAGGCAGUCCACAUAUACAGCAGAUAUUAUUAUUUUUCCAUCGGAGACGAGUUCCUCCACCCACAAACACAAACUCGAUCAAAACACCAAGAUCAACCACCACUGAGCUAAAAGCUCUCAACUUUCUUUCAUUUUCAGUCACCCCUUAAAUUCUCUCCGCGUGUUUGUUUGUGUGUGCCUUGCAAACCAAGCAUCUGAUUUGGCGUGUGUUUCAUUCUAUCUCCAACAACCACCAUCCCAUCUUCUUCUUCUUUUCUUUGUCUGCGAGGUGUUUGUCAGAAUUCCACAGAGAACGAGAAGAAAAGGUGGGUUUGUGAUGGCUGGAUCAGCUUCAGGAUCAGGGUCAGGGUCAGCGUCAGUGGGUGCUGAUACAUGGAAGGCUCAUUUAGCCAUGGCCAUGGUGCAGCUCUUAUAUGGUGGAUACCAUGUCAUCACAAAAGUGGCCCUCAAUGUUGGUGUCAACGAAUUAGUCUUCUGUGUGUUCAGGGAUCUCGUUGCCCUUUCUAUCCUUGCUCCUGUCGCUUAUUUCCAUGAAAAGCGUACACGGCCCCCAAUCACGAAGCGCCUAUUGCUGUCAUUCUUCUUUCUUGGAUUAACUGGGAUAUUUGGCAACCAGCUUUUGUUUCUUAUGGGUUUAAGCUAUACUAAUCCAACAUAUGCUUCUGCCACGCAGCCAGCAAUUCCAGUCUUUACGUUUCUGUUUACUGUAAUGAUGGGUACAGAAAGAGUAAACUUGCUAAGAUAUGAAGGGAUUGCAAAGAUUGGAGGAACUCUCAUCUGUGUUUUUGGUGCUGUAUUGAUGGUUUUGUAUCGAGGUCCGGCUCUGAUAGGAUAUUCAGAUCUAGACCAUGUAGCACUAACUGAAAUUAGUGCCAGAGGUCAGCCAGAGCCAGCUGGAUGGUUAAUGGAUGGUUUGCAAGAUUUUGGACUAGAUCGAUUUCAUAUUGGGGUUUUGUGUUUGAUAGCAAACUGCAUGUGCAUGGCUGCUUUUUUGGCCCUUCAGGCACCAUUAUUGAAUAAGUAUCAUGCACACAUAUCUCUCACAGCAUAUUCGUACUUUUUUGGAGCUGUACUGAUGGUGAUAUCAUCGAUAUUCAUGACUGAUCCAUCGGCUGACUGGACUUUGACGCGGUCAGAAGUAGUUGCUGUUAUUUAUGCUGGAGUUAUUGCAUCUGCCCUUAAUUAUGGAAUCAUUACAUGGAGCAACAAGAUUCUGGGGCCAGCUUUGGUUUCCCUUUACAAUCCCCUCCAACCAGCAUUUUCUACCCUUCUGUCCCUAAUCUUCCUUGGAAGUCCAAUUUACUUGGGCAGUAUCUUGGGGGGACUUUUUAUCAUUGCUGGCUUAUACAUUGUUACAUGGGGAUCUUACAAAGAAAAACAAGCAAAUGCUGGAGUUAUUCCUAUUGCUUCUUGGGUGUCUGAGCCACUUAUUCAUGAAAAGACUGCAUACCAGAAAGGUCAUGCUAUUUCAGGGUCAUCCAGCAUUUCCAUUAAUCCAAAAUCAUUGGAUUAAGGAAAUAAAUUAUGCAAUAUAUAUAUCAUGUAAAAAUUGGUUUAUGCUAUCAUUUUUUUAGUUGUGAAUUCUAUGUUUGAUCCUGUCUAUGUAAAAUUUCAUCCGAAAAUUGGUGUCUGCUAUCAUUGUAGGAAUGAACAUUUUAUCUCGUUUUAGGACAAAAUAUCAAAAUUGGCCUAAACAUUUUGCAAUGAAAUUUUGUGCUUAAAUUUGGAGACCAAAUUUGAAAUG